UAUUUAAAUUCCAGUUAACAUACAAUGUAGUAUUAAUUUCAGGUGUAGAAUUUAGUGAUUGAACACCACAUCCAACGAGUGUCCUCCUUAAUCCCCAUCACCUAUUUAACCCAUCCCCCACCCACUGCCAUCACCAUUUCUAUAAUCCAAGGGGCUUGCAGUAUUUUGCCUGCUAAGAAGUAGUGCCUAUGGGGAACUCAGGCAAAUGGAUGCUGGACAGUAGUAGCAGCUGAGGUCCAUCUUAGUGUAAUUGAUCUCUUGCAUAACUGCUUUUCCUACCACCUGGUUGUGGUUGUUUUCAUGAACUCACUAGGCAAGCACUAGGCUGGCUGCAGGAGGAUUUAUGACUUGAUCUCUGAUUUGAGCCAUCUCUCCAGUGAUUAUUAAGAGCCUUUACAUUUUGAUUUGUUUGAUUUGGUAGUAGCAGGAUUCUGGUGAGGAAUUUUUUAGGGUAUGGCACCAUUGUAAGAGGUUCAUUCAAAUAGCCAUUCCUUUUUUUUUCCCCCUCCCAAAUAGCCAUUCCUUAAAUCUUUCCUUGGUUUUUCCUCUGAUCUUUUCCUUCAAGGCCAUUCAUCAUGGCACAGAGAAGGGAAAGAUUGUAGGCUGUUUAGCCACUCCAAGAAGUGUCUACUACAGAAGUAAUAAUGUGGUCUGCAAGUUCCCAAAAUUUAAUAAUAUUUUCUAAAAGUUUUCAAAAUGUUUUUGUCUUAAUUAGAUUCAGAUCUUUUCCCAUUUAGAUUUCAUGCUGUACAGUUUCUCAGCCAUAAAGACCUUAUUUUAAAAUUUGUUUUUAUUUUGGUUUAUAGAAUGCUAAAACACAAUAUGUCCUUUGUGAAGGCAUGUGUGUAUGUAUAUAUGUAUGUAUAUGUGCAUACACACACACACACACACACACAUCUGAGCAUAGGAAGUGUUUAUAAAAUGCAUAGCAGAAUUUUAUGAUUGAUUAUCUUUGGGGCAUGGGUUAGGAGAAAAGAAGAUUAAGUGUUGUGGAGAGCAACUUUUAUUGUUUUACUUCAAAAAAUGUGUACUACUUGACAUUUCAUAUUCUGUUGAGGAUGCACCUUUAUUAAUAUGAAAAUGUUGGCAUAAAAUUUUUGUUUCUUAUAGUUAACGUUAGAGAGUUUUAGGAUGAUUUAAAGACUAAUAAGCAGUACUUAUAUAUAAAGCUAUCUGUGCUGUCAACAAAAGUGUUGUUGUGGUUUUUAAUUUUUUUUUUAGCCUGUUUGGGAGUUAGAUGCUUCUUGAAAGUCACUGCAUAAAUUAGUUUUUCAUGUAUUUACACUAAAGUUGAAUUUGUUUUUCUCAUCAACAUAAAGUUUUUAUUUAAAACUAUAAUUAACAGGGGCACCUGGGUGGCUCAGUUGGUUGAGUGACUGACUCUUGAUUUUGGCUCGGGUCAUGAUCUCAUAGUUUCGGAGAUUGAGCUCUGUGCUGGCAGUGCAGAGCCUGCUUGGGAUUCUCUCUCUCCCCUCUCUCUGUACCUCCCCUUGCUCGCUCGCUCGCUCUCUCUCUCUCAAAAUAAACUUUAAAAAUACAAAAUAAAACUGUAAUUAACAAAAAGUAUAAUAUAUCUUACUCUGAAAUGUCUAUAAUUCAGAGGUCAAGUUGCAAUAAAGAAUUGCAGGAAGGAGGCUUUCAACAUGUUAUUCUCUCUUCUAAUUUUAGGUUUUGUGUCAGGUAUCUGAUAGGGACCCAAUGCUAUGAAGAGCUCUAAACUAGAAGUAAAAGGAUGUACUUUCCAGUUUUUAGUAUGUGCGGGCCGGAUUGUAUCAUCGUUAGACUAUUCAGUAGUUGACAAUGAUUUUGUCACCUCCCAAAAAGCAGUCAAUUAUAUCUUUUUAAAAAAAAAAAAAAAAACAUUCCUUCAAGUAUAUUUAGAGAAAAAUGAACAAAUUUUAAGUGAAUUUUCUGUAUAUGAACUUUUAAAUGUACUAUUUUUAAAAAUGAAAGGCUAGCCACAAGCCAGGAAAAAUAUUUGCAAAGCAUAUAGCUGGCAGAGGAUUUGAACCAAAAUAUCUUAAGAACUCUCACUAUUUGAUAAUAAGACAAAGAACCCUGUCAAAAAAUAGACAAAGGGUUUGCACCAGAGAUACAUGAAUGGCCAAUACAUCCCACAUAGAAAGAUACUCAGCAUCACUAGUCAUCAAGGAAAUGCAGAUUUAAACCAUAGGGUGAUACUAUUACACACACACUAGCAUGGCUAGGAAUAAAGUCUGGUAAUGUUAGAAUUGGUGAAGAUUUGGAGCAACUAGGAGUUUCCUUUCAUACAUUGCUGGUGAAAUGGUAUAGCCACUUUAGCAAACAAUUGAGGAGUUUCUUAUAAAGUUAAACAUAUUCUCUAUGAACUCUUAAGUUACAUUCCUAGGUAUACAUGCAAGAGAAAUGAAAGCUUAUGUCCACAAAAAGCUAAUGUUCAUAGUAUUAUUCAAAAUGGUUCUAAUUUGCUUUUAAUGAAUAGUUAACAAUAUUGAACAACCUUUCAUGUGUUUCUUUGUUAUGUCUAUAUCUGUCUUUUUAAGAAGUAUUGACAUCUUUAACUCUUAAAAAAAUUUUUUUUAAUGUUUAUUUACUUUUGAGGGAGAGAGACAGAGCGUGAGUAGGAGAAGGGCAGAGAGAGAGAGAGGGAGACACAGAAUCUGAAACAGGCUCCCCGCUCUGAACUGUCAGCACAGAGCCCAACGCUGGACUCAACUCACAAACCUCAAGAUCAUGACCUGAGCCAAAGUCUGAUGCUUAACCAACUGAGCCAACCCAGGUAUAAUACUUCUCCACAUCUGCUUCAGGAAGAAAGUGCCUGCCAUUCCUAUUGUUUCUACGCAGGUUCAUGCCAGCCCAGAACGGAGAAUCAGAAUUAGAAGAGUUUAUCACCCACCAGCCAAGAUGAACAUGGUGAAGAGGAUCAUGGGGCGACCGAGGCAGGAGGAGUGCAGCCCCCAAGACAAUGCCUUAGGACUGAUGCACCUCCGCCGACUCUUCACUGAGCUGUGCCACCCUCCCCGGCACAUGACUCAGAAGGAACAAGAGGAGAAGCUGUACAUGAUGCUGCCAGUGUUUAACAGGGUUUUUGGAAAUGCUCCGCCAAAUACGAUGACAGAAAAAUUUUCUGACCUUCUGCAGUUCACAACCCAAGUCUCACGACUGAUGGUGACAGAAAUUCGAAGGAGAGCAUCAAACAAAUCCACAGAAGCUGCAAGUCGGGCCAUAGUCCAGUUCCUAGAAAUCAAUCAGAGUGAAGAAGCCAGUAGAGGUUGGAUGCUUCUGACAACAAUUAAUUUGUUAGCAUCCUCUGGUCAGAAAACCGUGGACUGCAUGACAACGAUGUCAGUGCCUUCCACCCUGGUUAAAUGUUUAUAUCUGUUUUUUGACCUUCCACAUGUGCCUGAGGCAGUUGGAGGUGCACAGAAUGAGCUACCUCUAGCAGAACGUCGUGGACUACUCCAGAAAGUUUUUGUACAGAUCUUAGUGAAACUCUGCAGUUUUGUUUCUCCGGCGGAGGAGCUGGCUCAAAAAGAUGAUCUCCAGCUUUUAUUCAGUGCAAUAACCUCUUGGUGCCCUCCCUACAACCUGCCGUGGAGGAAGAGUGCUGGAGAAGUCCUUAUGACCAUAUCCCGUCACGGUCUUAGUGUCAAUGUAGUGAAGUAUAUUCAUGAAAAAGAAUGUUUAUCUACAUGUGUUCAGAAUAUGCAGCAAUCAGAUGACCUGUCUCCCCUAGAAAUUGUUGAAAUGUUUGCUGGGCUUUCUUGUUUCCUCAAAGAUUCCAGUGAUGUUUCCCAAACUCUUUUGGAUGAUUUUCGGAUAUGGCAAGGAUAUAAUUUCCUUUGUGAUCUCUUGCUUAGAUUGGAACAAGCAAAAGAAGCAGAAUCCAAAGAUGCCUUGAAAGAUCUGGUUAAUCUGAUAACUUCCCUAACAACAUAUGGUGUCAAUGAACUAAAACCAGCUGGUAUUACCACAGGGGCACCCUUUCUAUUGCCUGGAUUUGCAGUACCUCAGCCUGCAGGCAAAGGUCACAGUGUGAGAAACAUCCAAGCCUUUGCAGUUCUUCAGAAUGCAUUUUUAAAAGCAAAAACCAACUUCCUUGCCCAAAUCAUUCUUGAUGCCAUCACAAAUAUUUACAUGGCUGACAAUGCCAAUUACUUCAUCCUGGAGUCACAGCACACACUGUCACAGUUUGCAGAAAAGAUUUCUAAGCUCCCAGAAGUACAAAGCAAAUACUUUGAGAUGCUGGAGUUUGUUGUUUUUAGCUUGAAUUAUAUCCCUUGUAAAGAACUCAUUAGCGUUAGCAUCCUCUUAAAAUCUAGCUCUUCUUACCACUGUAGCAUUAUUGCAAUGAAGACGCUUCUUAAGUUUACACGACAUGACUACAUAUUUAAAGAUGUGUUCAGGGAGGUGGGCCUUCUGGAGGUCAUGGUAAACCUUUUGCACAAAUAUGCUGCUCUCUUGAAGGAUCCAACUCAGGCACUAAAUGAACAAGGGGACUCAAGAAAUAAUAGUUCAGUUGAAGACCAAAAACACCUGGCUUUGUUGGUUAUGGAGACCUUGACAGUGCUGCUUCAAGGAUCAAACACAAAUGCAGGAAUUUUCCGGGAAUUUGGAGGUGCGAGAUGUGCACAUAAUAUCGUGAAGUACCCUCAGUGCCGGCAGCAUGCCCUGAUGAUUAUCCAGCAGUUGGUGCUGUCCCCAAACGGGGAGGAUGACAUGGGCACUCUCCUGGGGUUAAUGCACUCAGCCCCACCGACAGAAUUGCAGUUGAAGACCGACAUUUUAAGGGCCCUCCUAUCAGUCCUUCGAGAAAGCCAUCGUUCAAGAACAGUUUUUAGGAAAGUUGGAGGAUUUGUGUACAUUACAUCCUUGCUUGUUGCCAUGGAAAGGUCUUUGAGCUCACCACCCAAGAAUGGCUGGGAGAAAGUGAACCAGAAUCAAGUGUUUGAACUUCUCCACACUGUGUUUUGCACAUUGACUGCAGCAAUGCGCUAUGAGCCAGCCAACUCUCAUUUCUUCAAAACAGAGAUUCAGUAUGAGAAGUUGGCAGAUGCUGUUCGAUUUCUUGGCUGCUUCUCAGACCUAAGAAAAAUAAGCCCCAUGAAUGUCUUCCCCUCAAACACACAGCCAUUUCAAAGACUUUUGGAGGAAGAUGUAAUCUCGAUGGACACAGUGUCACCCACUUUACGGCACUGCAGUAAACUCUUUAUUUAUCUCUACAAAGUAGCUACAGAUUCUUUUGACAGUCGUGCAGAACAGAUCCCUCCUUGCCUGACAAGUGAGUCUUCUCUCCCCUCUCCUUGGGGUACACCAGCUUUGUCCAGGAAAAGGCAUGCAUAUCAUUCUGUUUCAACUCCCCCUGUUUACCCUCCUAAAAAUGUCGCUGACCUGAAACUACAUGUGGCAACUACAUCUUUCCAGAGUUCUGAUGCUGUCAUCAUUCAUCCCGGAGCCAUGCUUGCUAUGCUGGACCUCCUGGCCUCUGUUGGGUCAGUGACACAGCCAGAACAUGCUCUGGACCUUCAACUUGCUGUGGCAAAUAUCUUACAAGCCCUGGUGCACACAGAGAGAAACCAGCAGGUCAUGUGUGAAGCUGGCCUUCACGCCCGAUUGCUGCAGCGGUGCAGUGCCGCCCUGGCAGACGAGGACCACUCACUGCACCCGCCCCUCCAGCGGAUGUUUGAACGACUAGCUUCUCAGGCUCUGGAGCCCAUGGUGCUGAGGGAGUUUUUACGUUUGGCAAGUCCAUUAAAUUGUGGUGCCUGGGACAAAAAACUGCUAAAACAAUAUAGGGUCCACAAACCAAGUUCACUGAGUUAUGAGCCAGAGAUGCGAAGUAGCAUGAUCACAUCUAUGGAAGGCCUGGGUUCUGAUAAUGUUUUCAGCUUACAUGAAGAUAACCAUUACCGGAUAAGCAAGAGCCUGGUAAAAUCUGCAGAAGGAAGUACUGUACCCCUAACUAGGGUGAAGUGUCUGGUCUCCAUGACAACCCCACAUGACAUCAGACUUCAUGGGUCAUCAGUUACUCCAGCUUUUGUUGAAUUUGACACAUCCCUUGAAGGAUUUGGCUGCUUGUUCCUGCCCAGUUUGGCCCCCCAUAAUGCCCCCACAAACAAUGCUGUCACAACAGGUCUUACCGAUGGGGCCGUGGUCAGCGGCAUUGGUUCCGGUGAAAGAUUCUUCCCUCCUCCAUCUGGCUUAAGCUACUCUAGCUGGUUUUGUAUUGAACAUUUUAGUUCUCCUCCAAAUAACCACCCUGUCAGACUUCUUACUAUUGUGCGCCGAGCAAAUUCUUCUGAGCAGCAUUACGUGUGCCUUGCCGUCGUUUUGUCAGCAAAAGACCGAUCUCUGAUUGUCUCCACCAAAGAGGAACUACUCCAAAACUAUGUUGAUGAUUUUAGUGAAGAAUCCUCUUUUUAUGAGAUUCUCCCAUGCUGUGCCCGCUUCCGAUGUGGGGAACUUAUAGUUGAGGGACAGUGGCAUCAUCUGGUUUUGGUGAUGAGCAAAGGCAUGCUGAAAAACAGUACUGCAGCCCUCUAUAUUGACGGACAGCUUGUUAACACUGUGAAGCUACAUUAUGUUCACAGUACCCCUGGGGGUUCGGGUUCUGCAAACCCACCAGUGGUCAGCACAGUCUAUGCGUAUGUUGGCACUCCACCUGCCCAGCGCCAGAUUGCUUCACUGGUUUGGCGCCUGGGACCCACGCAUUUUCUGGAAGAAGUUUUACCUCCUUCAAAUGUUACUACCAUUUAUGAACUGGGACCAAAUUAUGUUGGAAGCUUUCAGGCCGUAUGUAUGCCAUGUAAAGAUGCAAAGUCUGAAGGUGUAGUCCCAUCUCCUGUGUCAUUAGUACCGGAAGAAAAGGUAUCAUUUGGCCUCUAUGCACUCUCUGUGUCUUCCCUAACGGUGGCAAGAAUCCGGAAAGUGUACAACAAGUUGGACAGCAAAGCCAUCGCUAAGCAGUUAGGCAUUUCCUCUCAUGAGAAUGCCACUCCUGUGAAGUUGAUACACAAUUCAGCAGGACAUCUUAAUGGGCCUGCACGGACAGUUGGGGCUACUCUGAUUGGAUACCUGGGAGUAAGAACAUUUGUCCCUAAGCCUGUUGCCACUACUUUGCAGUACAUUGGUGGAGCUGCAGCCAUCCUGGGUCUGGUGGCCAUGGCUUCUGAUGUGGAAGGGCUCUAUGCAGCAGUCAAGGCCCUGGUUUGUGUGGUCAAGAGUAACCCACUAGCCAGCAAAGAAAUGGAAAGAAUCAAGGGCUACCAGUUGCUGGCAAUGCUGCUUAAGAAGAAACGUUCCCUCCUCAACAGCCACAUUCUCCAUCUAACGUUUUCCUUGGUGGGAACUGUUGAUAGUGGACAUGAGACCUCCAUUAUUCCAAAUUCAACUGCCUUCCAGGAUCUACUCUGUGAUUUCGAAGUUUGGCUCCAUGCACCGUAUGAACUUCAUCUUUCCUUAUUUGAACACUUUAUUGAGCUGCUCACUGAGUCCAGUGAAGCUUCAAAGAAUGCCAAAUUAAUGAGGGAAUUCCAGCUAAUCCCCAAGUUGCUCCUGACUCUUCGAGAUAUGUCUUUAUCCCAGCCUACCAUUGCUGCCAUUAGUAAUGUGCUGAGCUUCUUACUGCAAGGUUUUCCCAACAGCAAUGAUCUGCUCAGGUUUGGCCAGUUUAUUUCUUCUACUUUACCAACGUUUGCAGUUUGUGAGAAAUUUGUAGUUAUGGAAAUAAACAAUGAAGAGAAGCUUGAUACUGGAACUGAAGAAGACUUUGGAGGUCUUGUAUCUGCUAAUCUUAUACUUUUGAGGAACAGACUUCUAGAUAUCUUGCUAAAACUAGUUUAUACAUCUAAAGAAAAGACAAGCAUUAAUUUGCAAGCUUGUGAAGAACUGGUUAGGACACUGGGCUUCGACUGGAUUAUGAUGUUUAUGGAAGAACACUUGCACUCCACCACAGUUACAGCAGCCAUGAGGAUUCUUGUCGUGCUGCUGAGUAAUCAGUCCAUUCUCAUCAAGUUUAAGGAAGGACUCAGCGGUGGAGGGUGGCUGGAACAGACAGAUUCUGUCUUAACUAAUAAGAUCGGAACUGUAUUAGGAUUCAACGUGGGCAGGAGUGCUGGCGGGCGAUCGACGGUCAGGGAGAUUAACCGUGAUGCUUGUCAUUUUCCUGGUUUCCCAGUUCUUCAGUCCUUCCUUCCUAAACACACUAAUGUCCCUGCUCUCUACUUUCUCCUCAUGGCACUGUUUCUGCAGCAGCCAGUUAGUGAGCUGCCUGAGAACCUGCAGGUCAGUGUGCCUGUCAUCAGCAGCCGGUGUAAGCAGGGUUGCCAGUUUGAUUUAGAUUCUAUUUGGACAUUUAUCUUUGGAGUUCCUGCCUCAAGUGGAACUGUGGUCUCCUCUAUCCAUAACGUGUGCACAGAAGCUGCUUUUUUAUUAUUGGGGAUGCUCCGAAGCAUGCUGAAUUCACCUUGGCAAUCAGAAGAAGAGGGGUCUUGGCUCCGGGAAUACCCCGUGACCCUGAUGCAGUUCUUUAGAUACUUAUAUCACAACGUUCCUGACCUGGCCUCCAUGUGGAUGAGCCCUGACUUCCUGUGUGCAUUAGCAGCCACCGUCUUCCCCUUCAAUAUCCGUCCUUACUCAGAGAUGGUGACUGAUCUUGAUGAUGAAGUUGGAUCUCCAGCAGAAGAAUUUAAAGCCUUUGCAGCAGACACAGGGAUGAACAGAAGCCAGUCAGAGUACUGCAAUGUGGGCACAAAGACGUAUCUGACCAAUCACCCAGCUAAAAAGUUUGUUUUUGACUUCAUGCGGGUCUUAAUAAUAGACAAUCUCUGUCUUACUCCUGCCAGCAAGCAGACUCCGCUAAUUGAUCUUUUGUUGGAGGCUUCUCCUGAAAGAUCUACAAGAACUCAGCAAAAAGAAUUUCAGACUUAUAUUUUGGAUAGUGUGAUGGACCAUUUGCUUGCAGCUGAUGUCUUAUUGGGGGAAGAUGCAUCUCUGCCUAUUACCAGCGGAGGAAGCUACCAGGUAUUGGUGAACAAUGUGUUUUAUUUCACACAACGUGUGGUGGACAAGCUUUGGCAAGGCAUGUUCAACAAAGAAUCUAAACUUCUUAUAGAUUUUAUAAUUCAACUAAUUGCACAGUCAAAAAGAAGAUCACAGGGAUUGUCACUUGAUGCGGUUUAUCACUGCCUCAAUAGGACCAUCUUGUACCAGUUCUCACGGGCACACAAAACCGUUCCACAGCAAGUGGCACUCCUAGAUUCGCUCAGGGUCCUGACUGUAAACAGGAACUUGAUCCUGGGACCUGGGAACCACGACCAGGAAUUCAUUAGCUGUCUGGCUCACUGCCUUAUUAAUCUACAUGUUGGAAGCAACGUGGAUGGGUUCGGACUGGAAGCAGAAGCCCGCAUGACUACAUGGCACAUUAUGAUACCCUCUGACAUUGAACCAGAUGGUGGUUACAGCCAAGAUAUUAGUGAAGGGCGUCAGCUUCUUAUAAAAGCUGUCAACAGAGUUUGGACUGAAUUAAUUCAUAGUAAGAAACAAGCCUUGGAGGAGCUUUUCAAAGUCACUCUACCUGUGAACGAAAGGGGUCAUGUGGACAUAGCUAUAGCAAGGCCGCUCAUUGAAGAAGCUGGUUUAAAGUGUUGGCAGAAUCAUCUGGCCCACGAGAAGAAAUGCAUAAGUCGAGGAGAAGCUCUAGCGCCCACCACGCAAUCCAAAUUGUCCCGCGUGAGCAGUGGUUUUGGUCUUUCCAAGUUAACAGGAUCAAGAAGGAAUCGAAAGGAAAGUGGUCUUAACAAACACAGUCUUUCCACCCAGGAGAUUUCUCAGUGGAUGUUUACACAUAUUGCUGUUGUCCGUGACUUAGUAGAUACACAAUAUAAGGAAUAUCAGGAGCGCCAGCAAAAUGCCCUGAAGUACGUGACAGAGGAGUGGUGCCAGAUCGAGUACGAACUGUUGCGGGAGCGAGGGUUGUGGGGCCCCCCCAUCGGUUCCCAUCUAGACAAAUGGAUGUUGGAGAUGACAGAAGGGCCCUGCAGAAUGAGGAAAAAAAUGGUGCGAAAUGAUAUGUUUUAUAACCAUUACCCUUAUGUGCCAGAAACGGAGCAAGAGACCAACGUGGCGUCUGAGGUCCCAAGUAAACAGCCCGAGACACCUGAUGAUAUCAUUCCUCAAAAGAAACCUGCUCGAUACAGAAGAGCUGUAAGUUAUGACAGUAAAGAAUACUACAUGCGACUAGCCUCUGGCAAUCCAGCCAUUGUCCAGGACGCCAUUGUGGAGAGUUCAGAAGGUGAAGCUACACAGCAAGAACCAGAGCAUGGCGAAGAUACUAUUGCUAAGGUCAAAGGUCUGGUCAAGCCUCCUCUAAAACGGUCUCGAUCCGCACCUGAUGGAGGAGAUGAGGAGAGCCAGGAGCAACUACAAGACCAGAUUGCUGAGGGCAGCUCUAUAGAGGAGGAGGAGAAAACAGACAAUGCUACCCUACUGCGCCUGUUGGAGGAAGGAGAAAAGAUUCAACACAUGUACCGCUGUGCUCGGGUCCAGGGCCUAGAUACAAGUGAGGGGCUACUUCUUUUUGGUAAAGAGCAUUUUUAUGUGAUUGAUGGAUUUACAAUGACAGCAACCAGGGAAAUAAGAGAUAUUGAAACCUUACCUCCAAAUAUGCAUGAGCCAAUUAUCCCCAGAGGAGCCAGGCAAGGUCCCAGUCAACUCAAAAGAACAUGCAGCAUUUUUGCAUAUGAAGAUAUCAAGGAAGUACAUAAAAGGCGGUAUCUCCUGCAGCCUAUUGCUGUGGAAGUUUUCUCUGGAGAUGGACGGAAUUACCUCCUUGCUUUUCAGAAAGGAAUUAGAAAUAAAGUCUAUCAAAGGUUUUUGGCCGUAGUGCCGUCUCUGACUGACAGCUCAGAGUCUGUGUCUGGACAACGACCAAACACAAGUGUGGAGCAGGGAUCUGGGUUGCUUAGCACCUUGGUUGGAGAGAAGUCUGUGACUCAAAGAUGGGAGAGAGGUGAAAUCAGCAACUUCCAGUAUUUGAUGCACUUGAACACUUUGGCUGGCAGAUCCUAUAAUGAUCUCAUGCAGUAUCCUGUCUUCCCCUGGAUCCUUGCAGAUUACGACUCAGAGGAGGUAGACCUUACUAAUCCCAAGACCUUUAGAAACCUGGCUAAGCCAAUGGGUGCACAGACAGAUGAACGAUUAGCUCAAUAUAAGAAGCGAUAUAAAGACUGGGAAGAUCCUAAUGGAGAAACUCCAGCUUACCACUAUGGGACCCACUAUUCAUCUGCAAUGAUUGUGGCUUCAUACCUAGUAAGAAUGGAGCCUUUCACUCAGAUAUUCUUAAGGCUGCAGGGAGGCCACUUUGACCUGGCUGACCGAAUGUUCCACAGUGUACGUGAGGCCUGGUAUUCAGCAUCAAAGCACAACAUGGCAGAUGUGAAAGAACUUAUCCCAGAGUUUUUUUACUUACCAGAAUUCCUGUUCAAUUCCAACAACUUUGAUCUAGGCUGUAAACAAAAUGGCACCAAGCUUGGCGAUGUUAUCCUUCCACCGUGGGCAAAAGGGGACCCGCGGGAAUUCAUCAGAGUCCAUCGUGAGGCUUUGGAAUGUGAUUACGUGAGUGCCCAUCUGCAUGAGUGGAUUGACUUAAUCUUUGGCUAUAAACAGCAAGGCCCUGCUGCAGUAGAAGCUGUAAAUGUCUUCCACCAUCUUUUUUAUGAGGGUCAAGUGGAUAUCUACAACAUAAAUGAUCCACUAAAGGAGACAGCCACCAUAGGGUUCAUUAAUAACUUUGGUCAGAUCCCUAAACAGUUAUUUAAAAAACCUCAUCCACCAAAGCGAGUGAGGAGCCGACUAAAUGGAGACAGUAUGGGCACCUCUGCCCCACCAGGAUCUACAAGUGACAAGAUCUUUUUCCAUCACCUAGACAACUUGAGGCCUUCUCUAACGCCUGUAAAAGAACUUAAAGAACCUGUGGGACAAAUAGUGUGUACAGAUAAAGGCAUUCUUGCAGUAGAACAGAAUAAGGUUCUUAUCCCACCAACCUGGAACAAAACUUUCGCUUGGGGCUAUGCAGACCUCAGCUGCAGGCUGGGAACCUAUGAGUCAGACAAGGUAGUGACUGUUUACGAGUGUCUGUCUGAGUGGGGCCAGAUUCUCUGUGCAAUCUGCCCCAACCCCAAGCUGGUCAUCACAGGUGGAACGAGCACAGUGGUGUGUGUCUGGGAGAUGGGCACCUCGAAAGAAAAGGCUAAGACCCUCACUCUCAAACAGGCCUUACUCGGCCACACUGAUACUGUCACCUGUGCCACAGCAUCAUUAGCCUAUCACAUAAUCGUCAGCGGGUCCCGUGACCGAACCUGCAUCAUCUGGGAUCUGAACAAACUAUCAUUUCUAACCCAGCUCCGAGGCCAUCGAGCUCCGGUCUCUGCUCUUUGUAUCAAUGAAUUAACAGGGGACAUCGUGUCCUGCGCUGGCACGUAUAUCCACGUGUGGAGCAUCAACGGGAACCCUAUCGUGAGUGUGAACACGUUCACAGGCAGGAGCCAGCAGAUUGUCUGCUGCUGCGUGUCGGAGAUGAACGAGUGGGAUACACAGAACGUCAUAGUAACGGGACACUCAGAUGGCGUGGUCCGGUUUUGGCGAAUGGAAUUUUUGCAAGUUCCUGAAACACCAGCUCCUGAGCCUGUUGAAGUCCUAGAAAUGCAGGAAGACUGUCCAGAAGCACAAAUAGGGCAGGAAGCCCAGGACGAGGACAGCAGCGAUUCAGAAGCAGAUGAGCAGAGCGCCAGCCAGGAUCCCAAGGACACGCCUAGCCAGCCCAGCAGCACCAGCCACCGGCCCCGGGCAGCCUCCUGCAGAGCAACGGCUGUCUGGUGCACUGACAGUGGUUCCGAUGACUCCAGGCGCUGGUCUGACCAGCUCAGUCUGGAUGAGAAGGAUGGCUUCAUAUUUGUGAACUAUUCAGAGGGCCAGGCCAGAGCCCAUCUGCAGGGGCCCCUUAACCACCCUCACCCCAAUCCCAUUGAAGUGCGGAAUUACAGCAGAUUGAAGCCUGGGUACCGGUGGGAACGUCAGCUGGUGUUCAGGAGUAAGCUAACUAUGCACACGGCCUUUGAUCGGAAGGACAACGCACACCCGGCAGAGAUCACCGCCCUGGGCGUCUCCAAGGAUCACAGCAGGAUCCUCGUUGGCGAUAGUCGAGGCCGAGUGUUCAGCUGGUCUGUGAGUGACCAGCCAGGCCGUUCCGCUGCUGACCACUGGGUGAAGGAUGAAGGAGGUGACAGCUGUUCGGGCUGCUCCGUGCGGUUCUCUCUCACAGAAAGACGGCACCAUUGCAGGAACUGCGGCCAGCUCUUCUGCCAGAAGUGCAGUCGGUUUCAGUCAGAAAUCAAACGCUUGAAAAUCUCAUCCCCGGUGCGCGUGUGUCAGAACUGUUACUACAAUUUACAGCAUGAGAGGGGUUCAGAGGAUGGGCCUCGGAAUUGUUGAAGAUUCAACAAGCCGAUUGCAGACCGCGGUCUGUAGACCCCCUUCCCGAUUCCUGGCACGGCUCACAGCUCAGAAGGCAUCGGAACAGUCUCCGUUUACGCCUCUCUUCAUGCCAUGUGUUUGAAGCGUUGAAUUCAAAGGGAUCAGUGAACAAGCGGGUGUAGAGUGCAGUAAUGGGGCAGACACUGUUCGGGUGAACAGCACAAGAACAGAAGGCGGUUCCUAGGAGCGACUCUUCCAAUAUCCGAUUCUCCCUGUUACCAGUAGCUGUCUCCAAGAGAAAAUCCUCACAUAUUAACUGUCUUUUCUUGCGUCUCAUUUUUAUAGAUCUACUCAUCCUUAUUUGGAAAAACCACCACCAACAACAAAAAAAAAGGCUUUUAGAAAAUGGUUGUAAAUCUGACUUCUUUGCAAGUGACUGUGUAUAUUGUAAAUAGGUAUAAAGGCCUUUUUUUCUAAAUAAGGACUUAACUGUCUGUAACAUGAGACUUCAAACUAAACCACUAACUCAGUGAACUACUUACUUACGGUUUGUCUGACAUCUCUCACAAAUUAAUUAUAAAUAUGUUUUUUAAAUCCUCAAAGACAUUAUCUGUGGUCUUUUUUCCCUUCUUUCAAACCCAGCCUCUGUGCCCGAUGUCCUUUCUUUCAAGUUGCCCACAGUAUCUCCACUUAAACUAGGCUAGUAACCAAAAUAAUGUGGACCUUCUUUAGGAAACAGUGUGGGAGAAUAAGAGUCCUGCCAUGAGAUAGCCUGGAAAUAGCUGGGCAUCUUGCACCUGGCCGUGUGCCACCUCAGUGUUGUUCCAGUGUCCUAAGGCCCCUUGUAAACUUCUGUCCGGACUGCUGUGUGGCCAUAGCGUAACUUCGUAGCAUUGCAUAGCGGUUGGUGGUCACGUGAUUGAUGCAAUGCAGGAAACAGCCCUGCCUCAACUAAUGGAAAUAUUUUUGCAUGUAACCCAAAUUAGCUUCUCUUGCAUAGAACAUAAUAAGUAUGUGUCUUUGGUGACACUAAUGUUCUACUAUAGCUUAUUUUCAAAAAAGGGUAAAACAUGAAAAAAGUGUACAGAAUUAACGUAUAAACCUUGUUGUAAAACUGGAUCAUGUCAGAACUGCUUAUAAUUAACCUUUACCAUUUAAUGCCAUCUACCUGAAAACAGUGAGAUUUAUACUGUAUCAAUGUCUAUUUUUUUGUUUUUGCUAUGAAUAUAAUUACAGUAUUUUAAUAUUUAGUUAUUUAAUUUGUUCUACUAGUUGGAUACAGAACACACAAAUCCAGGGAGACUAAAGCUGGUUGGGGCUAAGCGAGAAGUUUAGUUUACAGAAAAAAAGGCUUUGGUGGUGGGAUUUUUUUAAAUGUGUGUUAUGUACAUAUAUAUAUGUGUAUAUAUAUAUAAAACAAAUGAAACAACUAAUCUAGAUUUUAACAUUUUCAGAUAUUUAGUGAUAAUAUUAUGAACAAUUCUAAAAGCCCUGUGAUUUGAAAAAAAAUGUAGAAUUAUUUAUGGCCCAAGCAAGGAAGGACAGACCUUCACAUGCUCAUGGAGGUAUCAUACAAAGGACAGUGGCUCUGGCUUUCCCAACUUUUCAUCUUUAGGCCCUGGUGACAGGCACACUUAUGCACUAAAAUGCACAUAUAUGCACAUGCAUUCAAAAAUAGGCAUUGGUACAAUAGUAACCUUGUACCUAAUGGGCUGAAACCAGCUUAAGAACAAAUUUGUUCUUCCUGAUAACUAGGUCUCCAAGAGAAAAUAUAAAGGCUGCUUUAGUGCCUUAUGCUUACUAAAUUUAAACCUUUAUUUACCUAGGUUUGAGCCUACAGUCUAUUUAUGAUUACAUAUCAAAAUCGAUUAAUACACUUCCAUUUCUAAAAGUUCAAAUACACUUGUUAAUAAAAGGAUUAUCGGCAUUAAUACUUUCACUUGAAGAAAAGUUGUGUUGUUUUCCUUCCUGUCUUACUCCCCUCCCCCACACCCCUCCCUGCCCACCAUCUUACUUCAAUUCUAAUAAAUAAUGCUGGAUGUUCAACAGUGGCAGGAAUUGUGCCAUCACGUAACCGUGGGCUUCGCCCCUGUCCAGCCCUAUAGAUGAGUUGUAGCAGUGUUAUUCUACACUUUUUAAAAGAAGCGUCCUCCUCGUGUCUAUGAACCGUGUUUACCCCAAACCCAAUGGCAGAGGUGUUCUUUAAAGACUUGAAUAUAUGAAUGUGUGUAUGUAGUUACUUAAAGGUUAUUCCUCUAUGUAAUAUGAAGUUAUAUGGGAUGAACACUUUUAAACUUUCCGACACAACUUCCAUAACUAGAAGGUGGAAACCAAAACCCUCAUGAUAGUAUUUCCUCUGGCAGCUGGUGCUGUGGGCAACUGUUUUAUUCGGUGGACUUUCUUUUCUUUUUGCUUUCUAAUGCAGAACUCACAAACCACUCACACAUGCAAGUACACUCACAUACAUCAACUAAUCGUUUCUCUGGAUGUCUUUCUGUGUUCCAUGUAAAUUUGUUUACCGACGCAUAUUCUCAGCAUGUACAUCCACCUUUGUGUGGCCUGUAUUCUUUCUCUGAGAGUACCUCACAGGGCCCUGCCUGAUCGUUGUAGCUCAUUUGUUCAUUCAUCCAUUUAUCCAUCCACCCAUUUAUUCUAACGUCUGUGUAUAGUGUGCAACUGUAAUGUCAUGCUUCUGAAGAGGAAAAUAGCUGCCCAUAGCAGCCAUCCGUCUGGAUAAUAGCAAAACACUCUAGAUAAGUUAUUUUGCACUUUCUUAUGUAUAAAGUUGGUAGAAACUUAUUUUUGCUUUGUAUCAUUUAAAUACAUUUUGUUUUGGUAAAUGAACUGUGUAUAAACUAUUUAUGCCGUUAAAACUGUUUUUAGAAAGUAUUUUUAAUUUCAGCAAGUUUGGUUACUUGUUGCAUGACUAUUAACACAGCUGACUUUUUGUGUCAGUGCAAUGUAUAUUUUUUUGUCCUGUUAUUAACUUGUAAGCCCUAGUAAUGGCCAAUUAUUUGUACAGCAACAGAAGUAAAUUGAAGAUACUGGCUAAGACUGGAUUGAUUGUGGACGUUUGUACUAUACUGCAGAAUCCAAUAUCUGUUCUUUGGUGGUUAUGUAAAAGGCCUGAAGAUUUACUAUCUAGUGUGCAAUCUGUGAUAACUGAAUGUUCAUUGUAUAUCUGUCUCUGAUGCAAAAAGGUAGAGUAACACAAUUACAAUACAUGAUUAAAUGCAGUAGUCCAGGUACUUUUUUUUUUUCAUUUCAAAUAAAUACCUACUAUUUACCACCCAAAGAAAAAAAGUUGUUUUUAAGCCAGUUUAUUCAGGGAAGGAAAAACAAAACAGAAGGCAAAUAAGUCCCUCAACUUUGUAUAGUUCUUUUCUAGUCGUGAAUCUAUCUUUCAGAAGCUCCUGCUUACAGAAAUGCUUGUUGUGAGGGUCUGGUUCAAGCUCUGGUUUGAUCCGUCCUUAAAUGCUUUCUGCAUUGAGCUUCCCAAUUGUGCUGGCUUUCUGGGGCUGAUGAGUGUGUGUGGAUGGCCACAGGGAGAGGCAAGUGACUUCUGGAGACACACCUACAAACUUGAAUGGACCCAGGGACAAAGUCUGCAUCGUGUAGUUUUGGCUCUUUUUUACUGAGCCUUAUUCUGUCUCCAUCACAUUAGGAAAAGUAAGCAACAGUAAAUCAUCUGUCUCCUCCCCCUACCAUAUUCGUAUCAGGAAUAUUUGGGUAUCCUGCCCUUUUUCUAGAAGCACAGCAUCUAUUGUCAUAAGCUAGUCUUUACAUUUCGGUCUUCAAGAGUUAAGGACUCACGAAUCCAUUCCUUUGGCCACUGGCUUACUUAGUUUUAAAACUGCCUUCCCAAUAAAGAAGACUAUAGAAAACACUUUUAUUUUUUUUAGAAAACACUUUUUAUAUGUAUAUAGGCUACGUUAGCAACUUCAUGUUUCCUCUUUCUGAAGAUAACUAACAAAAUCCCAGUUCAAUUGAAGCUUGAACAGCAGUGUCCCAAACUUGAGGAUAUAGUGCCUAUUACAAAUGCCACCUCAGUGCAACUCCUUUUAGAGGCAAAGAUAUCGGAAGGCCGAGAACUUCUAAGACAACAGCCGCUUAGAGAAAACAGGGUAGUUACCAUUUCUUUAAUGCAAUAUUCCUAGUUCUAGUGACCUCAAGAAGAUGAGCAGUGCUGAAAUUCUUCGGGGCUUAAAGAACAAACGUGCAAAUGAUCACUAAGUCCCGCAUCUGCUGUUUGCCUCUCCUCUUUGAUAAAAUUACAUCCGCACCCCUCAUUUUAGCCUGUUUGGAGCAUCGAAGAGGAACCAGGCCAACAGAAUAGGUCUAGCAUUGACUUAGUCUUUUUUGCUUUAUCGCUGUUCUCAUCUUCCCCACCCAUUGCAAAGCUCUUUUUUAUUUAUUGUUCCUUUUGACUUUUGCUAGAAAUGGCACCAAGCCGAGCUACCACACUGAGAGCCAGCCUGGUGUUUUGGAGAGCCUGGAGGUAGGAGUGGAGAGUUGGAGGCUGCAGUGGUUCCCCAGCCUGUGAACUUGAGAAGCCCCUGUUGAAGUGCCCUCAGUGCAUCAGGUUUUCCUGUGUCCAUGGCUACCUGUGAGGAGGGAGGGGUCAAGAUAGUGCUUCCUCAGCUUUACGGUUGUAGGGCAUUUUGAUCCUUAAAAACCAUCAAGGACCCUAACGUUUCUGUUUAUGUGGUUUGCAUCGAUCAAUAGUAUUGUAUUAGAAAUCAAAACAGAUUUUAAAAAUACAUGUAUUAAUUCAUUUAUAAGUAAUGAUAAUAAAAGUAAUAAAAUGAUAAAAAGUAAUAAAAUAUAAUGAUAAAACCAUUAUAUAUUUCAAUGCGGGGGGGAAACCUAAACCAAAAAAAAAAAAAUUUAGUGAAGAGUGGAACUGUUUAUUACAAUUAGCGAAUUUCUUUAAUGUCUGGCUUACUUAAACACAGGUGGAUUCUCAAAUCUGCAUCUACAUUCAAUCUUGUGAUACUUCAUUUUGGUUGAAGCAUAUGAGGAAAAUCCAGCCUCACACAGAGUGUGCUUGAAGUAAAGAAUAUCAUGACUCCUACCAGCAGUUUGGUGCCCCUGGCUUGAUUCGUGCUUACAUUACAACAGUUUAACUCACCAUUGCUUCUGUACCUCAGUUAAGUACAAAUAUCAGUGCAAAUAAUGUUUUAGUAUUAUGAGAAUAAUCUUCAUCUUGCAGACCCCACAAAAGGGGCUCAGGACUCCUAGGGUUCUGUGAACCAAAAGUAUUGGUCCAAGGAAAAGAUGUGUGAGGAUACUCCCCAAACUGCAAAGAAGCAUGUACACAAUCUCAUUUGGGAAAAAGGUCCCUAGUUUAGGCCUGGGUCUUCCGACUGGGCUCCCCCUGAAACCUACGAAGUCUAAGACCAGGCCCUGCCACACAGGACCCUCUGUUGGCGGCCACACCCAGCUAUCCGAAUACCACCUCCAUGGCUCAACACAACACAGACCCCAAGAGUGCAUCUCUGAGGUCUUCUAAUGUCUUUUUUUUAGUCCAUUCUUUAGUCCAAGACUUUCAAGUUUUGAUCAAGUAAAAAAAACUGUAAAUAGUAACAUUUUCAUGUUAGGUACAGUUCACAAUAUACUGGUGAGGAACAGGGUGGCAGAAAGCCAGCUUGGGGGCUCAGUUCCCAUUCUAACACUUGCAGUGAAAUUGGGCUAUCUCUCAGCAUUUGAGUUUCCUCACAUGUAAAUUUUGUAGGAUGAUACCUGCCCGCAGAGAAUUGUUGUAAGAAUUAAAUUGGGUAACAUAUAUAUAGGACACGUAGUGCCUGACAUAUAUGUCCUCGAUAUAGUGUGUUAAUGUGAAAUAUGAACAUAAAAGGAAUGCGCUGAAACAUCUCUAAAAGCCCAAAUCAAGCCACUGGCAGGUUGUUAAUCUUUAGUUAGAUCCACAACAGGCAGAAUAUUAAGUGUGGGAAGUGUCGCCCUAGAAAUCACUGCCCCAAACCCUCAUUUAACCCGAAAGGAAAGGGAUUCAGAGAGGUGUUUGCUGGUCCUAAAGCUGUGCUGGUGUUGAGUUUCAUUCUCAGCCUAAGCUCUGGACUCCCAGGCCAAAGCUCUUUACAAACCAUUCCCAGUUUCCUUUUUUUUUUUUUUUUUUUUUUCCUGAGGGGCGGGAGUGGUGACUGCCGUGAAAAUGUACUUAAGAUUUUUUUUCACUAUUCAUGCAUAAUCAUGUCGUACUUUAUUGAGAAAAUAAAACACUAGAAAUUCAACCUUGGCUUUCAGCUGUCGCUCCUCCUGCUCUACCAGGGAAAGAUGUAAGCUGCAUCCCGCAGCAGAGGACAGUUGUGUGUUGACUAACUUGCCCUCAAGCACAACUUCAAAUUCCAAACAAAAGCUAUACCUUAAGUGCUACUUCUACUCAUAAAAGGAAGCCACUCCUUUGCAAGCUCAUUAGAGAGAAAUAAACCCUGGAACCAAGGCCAACCUGAGGAGUCUUUGGUGUAAAACCAAGGAUCACAGUCUGGCUCUGCAGGCUGAUUCUGCACAAAAGGAAGGAACGGAUCUACUUGAGCAAUGCUAUCAAGUGUGCGUCUGGUUCAAAUUUGGAUCCACCCACAUAGAUGUAUUUUGCCUUCUCCAAAGGUGGCUUUUGUGUUCCUGCUGAUACCUCUGCCGCUGGGCCUUGAGGAUGAUUCAAAAAUGUCAUGACCGCCCUCUUCAAGAACUUUCUAGUCCUAAACAAGAGGCUCGCCUUCAUGGAGGUGUAACUCAGUUUCCAGCAAGUCUGUUCAACUUCGUGCUGUUUCUAAUUCAGUAAGAAUGACACUCGCCACAUUUGUUUUCUUAGCUCUGCAAUCUUCACUGUCAUACCAUUCUGUUAUUUUAUCAUCUCAUCCUUGAUAGGAAUUGAGUUCAUACUCUUCUAGUUCUAUAGAAUGCAAAGCCUUACCGGAAAAUUCUCUUCUGCUACGAUUGUUUUCCCUCCAGGCUGGGUUUUGGUCAUCUGCAAAUGUUGUUCUGCCUGCUUGCCUGCCUGCCUGCCUUUGUUCUGUAGAGGUGUCAACACCACUGAAUUUCAUCUUCCUUGUUCUAAAAUUUUUUUUAAUGUUUAUUUAGUUUUGAAAGAGAGAGAGCCAGGGAGGGGCAGAGAGCAAGGGAGACGCAGAAUCCGAAGCAGGCUCCAGGCUCCGAGCUGUCAGCACAGAGUCCGACGUGAGAUCAUGACCUGAGCCGAAGUCAGAUGCUUAACCGACUGAGUUCUAGUCGGUUACAGAGAUACAGUGUGAGUGAAUUCCUUUUAAGGACGGGCUGCUUCUGCCUUUGCUGACCCCUGUGAUUCUCAGCUGGGCUGCUGGCAUCCUCCUUGCUUGAAUCCAGCGGGGCUCCCGCCCCCACACUCGCUCUGCUCUGCCUGCACAUCUGUGCCCAGACUUGAACUUCUGCCUGUGAGGAUCCUAACCCAAUUGUGCUCCUCUUCCUCCCUCAGCCACUUUGGUCUUCAGAUGUCACCUUGUAAGGGAGGCCUUUUCUGACCAAACUACAGUAUCUCAAUUUGCCAGCCCCUGAUUUUUCCAUCUCCACCCUCCUCUGCUUUGUCCUUCCCUGUAGCAUCUACCACAGUGAGACGGGCCAGAUGCUAUGUGGUGUCUCCCCAGGGAAGCGUAAGCUACACAGAGGCUGAGAUGGGCAUCCGUGUUGGUCACAGUUGUGCCUGGCAGAGCAGCUGCUCAGUGAAUCUGCUGAGUGAAAGAAUUAGGGGCAGCCCACCCCCAUCUUUACUAAUCUUGAACUUACUGAUUUUAACUUUUUUUCUUUUAUUUUCUAUAUUUAUUUAUUUUGGAGGAGAAUGCAAGUGAGGAAGGGGCAGAGGGAAGGGGCGGAGAAAGGGGGACAGAGGAUCCGAAGUGGGCUCUGAGCUGUCAGCACAGAGCCUGAUGUGGGGCUCGAACUCAUGAACCACAAGAUCAGAGCCAAAGUCGGUCGCUCAACUGACUGAACCACCCAGGUGCACCCCAAUUUUUAACUUUUAUUUUUAUUGUAGGAAGACUUCUCUUUUUUUUUUUUUUUAAGUUUAUGUAUUUUUGAGAGAGAGACAGUGUGAGCAGGGGAGGGACAGAGAGAGAGAGAGAGAGAGAGAGAAUAUCCCAAACAGGCUCUGUGCUCUCAGCACAGAGCCCAACGCAGGGCUGGAACUCCUGACACUGCCAGAUUAUGACCUGAGCCAAAACCAAGAGUAAGAUGCUUAACCAACUGAGUCACCAGGCUCCCCUUAGGAAGACUUCUUAACCUGAGAUCUACCCUCUUAACAAAUGUUGAAGUGUACAAUACCAUCUGGUUAGCUGUCGACACAGCGUUGAACAGCAGACCCCUAGACUUGAUCAUCCUGCCCAACUAAAGCUUUGUGCCUGUUGAACAACAUCUCCCUCUUACCUUCACCCCAGACCCUGGCAGACACCCUUCUACUCUCUACUUAUCCAUGAGUUUGAAUACUUUGGAGACCCCAUGUGAGGAGAAUCAGACAGUGUCUGUCCUUCUGUGACUGGCUUAUUGCACUUAGCAUAAUGUUGUGGGUAUUCAGCCUUAACAGAAUCUGCUUUUGUCCAAGUCUUCAAUUUUUCAUGUGUUGAAUUCACCACGUGCCUGAACACUUAUGUUUCAAACUUUCACUGGGGUUUGACCUUAAACAUUCCAAGUUCCUUAACUCUUGAGGACACCUUUGACCAAAGCACCCUUUCCCCACAGGGAGAGCCAGCUGCCCACCAGCCCAUGGUAGAAGCCUUAGGAUCUCUGCAGCAACACCCGAGAAGAGAGCCUGCCCUCUUUCUUCUAGUCUUGCCUAACUGGGGAGGUUUAAAUAUUCCAGCACUGCCCCACCCCUCAGAGCUGCCCAUCAGACAAUUCAGGGAGGUGGCACAACCUGUGAGGGGGUCUCAUUAUGGAAUGAGCUGGCAGUCCUUCCCUGACCCUCCAAAGGCCCAGAAUUAGCUCUCCUGCAGAUCCCAUCAUUACAGAUUCCUAAAUCAGAUUUUUAAUUUUUUUCAUUAUUUUCUAAUGUUUUUUAUUUAUUUAUUUUUUAUAUUUGAGAGAGAGACUGUGUGAGCAGGGGAGGGGCAGAGAGAGGGAGACAGAAUCCGAAGCAGGCUCCAGGCUCUAAGCUGUCGGUACAGAGCCCAAUGCAGGGUUUGACCUUGUGAGCAGUGAGAUCAUGACCUGAGCCAAAGUCGGACGCUUAACCAACUGAGCCACUCAGGCUCCUAAAAUCAGAUUUUUAAACCAUUUUAUUGAGCUAUAAUUAACAUAGUAUAAAAUUCAUCCAUUUAAAGUGUACAACUUGGGGCUCCUGGCUGGCUGUGUCGGUGGAGCAUGCAACUCAAUCUCGGGGUUUGGGGUUUGAGACCCAUGUUGGGUAAAGAGAUUACUUAAAAAUAAAAUCUAAAAAAAUAAAGUGUACAACUCAAUGGGUUUCAUUAUGUUUACAGAGUUGUGCAACUAUCACCACAAUCUGAUUUUAUCAUCCAAAAAGAAACCUCAUACCAUUAGCAGUCACUUCCCACCCUCCCUGUCCCGGGCCCCAGCCACCAGGAAUCUACUUCCUGUCUACAGAUUUGCCUAUUCUGGACAUUGUGUAUAAUGCAGUCAUACAAUAUGUGGUUUUUCGUGACUGUCUUACUUCAUUUAACAUAUGUUUGAGAUUCAUCCGUAUUGUAGCAUGUAUCAGAACUUUGUUCCUUUUUAUUGCCAAGUAGUUUAGCUCAUUGCAUGGGUAUUUUAUAAUCUAUACACUUACCACUUGAUGGGCAUUUGGGUUGUUUCCACUUUUUCACUAUUUGUGAAUAGCACUGCUAUAAACAUUAGUGUUUUUGUGUAGACGGGCAUUUGAUGUCUUUUGGAAUUGCUGGAUCAUAUGGCACCUCUAUGUGUAACAUCUGGAGGAACUGCCAAACUUUUUCCAAAACGCUUCACCAUUUUACAUUCCUGCCAGCAGUGUACCCAAUCGGUUUUUACUCUCAGGGAGCAGCAACCAACCUGCACUCCCCCUUCUUGUCACAUGUAGACCCUCAUUAGAAUGUCUCUUUGAUUUAGAGACAGACCACCUUCUAGUAUACCUUCUAAGAAGGUAUCUGGUUAGAAAGUAGGUGGCAGUGACAGCCUGCACUAGCAGCCUGUGAAUGCACUAGUCUCAGCUCCUGCUUGGGUUUUCCUGCCACCUCUCCUCCUCAUUCCCUCCCCAGCUCCAGCCAGGUGAGGGGCCUCUCUCGUGUAGACCACAAUCUCAGCACCUUCCACAGUGUCUCCCCAGGUAACCUGCACAUUCUUCGGAGGGCAGAUGGUAUAUCUGAAGGCUCUCAUUUAGAACUUCUAUGAAGUUCUUUUGGCACUGGUUUUAUUAUUUUUUUCUAAAGUUUAUUUUCAGAGAGUGAGAAAGCACACCUGCAUGAGUAGGGGAGGAGCAGAGAGAAAGAGAGAGAGAAUCCCAAACAGGCUUCACGCUGUCAGCACAGAGCCCGACGUGGGGCUCGAUCUCACAAACCAUGAGAUCAUAACCUGAGCCAAAAUCAAGAGUUGGACACUUAACCAACUGAGCCACCCAGGUGCCCCUAUUUUUAUUUAAUUUUUGUUAAUCUUUAUUUUUUGAGAGAGAGAGAGAGAAAGCAUACAAGCAGGGAAGGGGCAGAGAGAGAAGGAGACACAGAAUCCAAAGCAGGCUCCAGGUUCUGAGCUGUUAUCAUGGAGCCCAGUGCGGGACUCGAACUCACAGACCGUGAGAUCAUGACCUGAGCCGAAGUCGGACGCUUAACCGACUGAGCCACUGAGGUGCCCCAUUUGUAUAUUUUUAAUAUGAAUGUGUAUGUACACUUGGCCACUGAUUCUCAGCUGAGGAUGUUAUAUUUGGAUCAAGACCUAUCUCUUCUCUUCCUUCUACAAAAUAGAAUUUUCAGCUAUGGCUAAUGGCAGGACAGAACUAUGAGGAUCCCAGCUGUCAAAGAGGACUCACUAGAUUUGAAACAGUGGAUGAAUCCUGAGCGCAGUAAAGUUGUCAGUGGAAGUGACAAUCUCAGCAAAGAGUGAGUGGGGUGAGCUAAUGGCCCCAUAAGCCUGGAAUUGUGUGGUUGAACCAAGCACAUUCUUGGAUGAGACUAUGCACAUGCACCCAGAGACGUGGAGAAGGUCUGCGUGAUCCACAUCUUCCUGGCUGAACUUGACACUGCUCACAGGAUUCUCAGCAGACAAAACUAAUUGAAUAGCAUCAAAAUUAAAAGGCAUCAAACUUCAAAACAUACCGUUAGGACAGUCAAGCCAUGCACUUAACAACUGAGUGUCAAACUAUGUGAGGCAAAAACUAAGUGCAUUCAUCUAUUUCUCCUUGAAGUCCUAUGAUAGUAGAAAACUUCGACUUGCCACUAUCAGAAAUGGACAGAUUUAGCAAGCAGAAAAUCAGUAAGGUUAAGGUUGAACUCAGCCCCAUCAGUCAGCUGGAUAUAAUUGACAUCUAGAGACUGUUUCACCCAACAACAGCAGAACACACAUGCUUCUCAGGCUCACGUGGAACAUUCACCAAAACAAACCAUACUCUGGGUCAUAAAAUACAUCUUAACGAUUUUAAGAGACCAGAAAUCAUGCAAUGCUCUCUGGCCACUAAGGAAUUAUACUAUAAAUCAAUAACAAGAAAAUCCCAAAAUACAUGGAGAUUAAACACCACACUUCUCAAAAACAUAUCAGCCAAAGAAGAAAUGUCAAGAGAAAUCUAAAAAUAUUUUGAGCUAACUGAAAAUGAAAACACAACUUAUCAAAAUUUGUGAGAUGCAGUGAAAGCAGUGCUUAGGAGGAAAUUUAUAUCAUUGAAUGUAUAUAUUAGAAAAAAAUACCAAAUUUCGAUUAAGGGUCUACCUUAGGAAAUAGAAAAAGAAGAGCAAGUUAAAUCCCACAUAAGCAGAAGAACAAAAGAAAUAAUAAGAUUUAGAUCAGAAAUCAGUAUAAUUAAAAAAAUCAAUACAGGUCAUCACAGAAAAUCAAUGAAACCAAAAGCUGAUUCUUUGAAAACAUCAAUAAAAUCAGUAUAAGCCAGGCUACUCACAGAGAGAAAAAGAGGGAGAUUACUAAUAUUGGAAAAGAAAGAACAUCACUACAGAUCCCAUGGAAAUGAAUAAUAAAGGAAAACUAUGAAAAACUCUUGUCCACAAAUCUGAUAACCUAGAUGAAAUGGACCAAUUCCAUGAAAGAUAUAAUUUGCCAAAGCAAAUUGCUAAACUUUGACUAUUAAAGAAAUUGAAUUAAUAAUUGAUAACCUUCCAAAACAGAAAGCACCAGGUUUACAUGGAUUCACUGGUGAAUUCUAUGAAACAUUUAAGAAAUAAAUCCUAUCAGUUCUCUACAAUCUUUUUUGGAGAUCAGAUGCAGAUACUUCCUACUCAUUCUAUGAGGCCAGCAUUCCCCUAAUGCCAAAUCCGGACAAAAACAUUACAAGAAAACUACAGACCAUUAUCUGUCAUGAAUACAGAUGCUAAAAUUCUCAAAAAACAUAUUAGCAAAUCAAAUCCAACAAUGUAUAAAAAGAAUUAUGCACCAUAACUAAGUGGGACUUAUUCCAAGUAUGCAGCAUUAGCCUGGUUCCAAUUUGAAAAUCAAUUAAUAGAAGCCAUCACAUCAACCAGCUAAAAAAGGGGGGUGCCUGGGUGACUCAGUCAGUUAAGUGUCUGGCCUUUUUUUAUUAUUAGAGAAUGUGCAAGCAGGGGGUAGGGGCAGAGAGAGAGAGAGAGAGAGAGAGAGAGAGAGAAUCUUAAGCAGGUUCCAUCCUCAGCAUGAACCCUUACAUGGGGCUCGAUCCCAUGACUCUGGGAUCAUGACCUGAGUCGAAAUCAGGAGUAGGAUACUCAACUGACUGAGCCACCCAGGUGCCCCAACCAUCUGACUCUUGAUCUCAGCUCAGGUCUUGAUCUCAGUGUCAUGAGUUCAAGUCCCACAUUAGGCUCCACUCUAGGUGUGGAGCCUGCUUUAAAAUAAGACAAUGGCAACAAAAUUCUUAAAUAAUAUCAGUAGAUGCAAAAAUACAACUUGACAAAAUCUGACACUCAUUCAUGAUAAAAUCUACCAAUAAAUAGGAAUAGAGGAGAACACCAUCAACUUGGUAAAGACAAUCUAUAAAAAACCUAUUGGGGCACCUAGAUGGCUCAAUUAAGCAUCCAGCUCUUAAUUUUGGCUCACGUCAUGACUCAUCAUUUGUGAGAUCAAGUCCCAUAUCAGGCUCCAUGCUUGCAGCACAAAGUCUGCUUGGGAUUCUCUCUCUCCAUCUCUCAAAAUAAAUACAUAAAAUUUUUUAAAAACUUAAAAAAAAAAAAACCAAAACCUACAAUUAACAUCAUACCCAAUGGUGAGAAACUCAGAGGUUUACCACUAAGAUCAGUUACAAUGCAAGGAUGUCCCCCCACUUACCACUCCUUUUCAAAAUCAUACUAGAAGUUCCAGCUCAUGCAAUAAAACAAAAAGAAAUAAAAAUAUACAGUUUGAGAAGAAAGGCAUGAAACUGUCUUUGUUAGCAGAUGACAUAAUUAAUUGUAUGUAGAAAGUAAAAAAAAAAAAAAAAAAUCAACCAAAAAACCUCCUGAAACUAAUAAGUAUAGAAAGGUUGCAGGAUAUAAGGAUAGUAUACACAAGCCAAUCAUUUUCAUAUAUACCAGCAAUGAAUGAGUGGAACUUAAAACCACAAUGCUAUUUACAUUAGCAUCCCCGAAAAUGAAA